UGUUGACAGCAUGGCAGCUGGAGUCAUACGAAGCUUGAAUGAUUUCAGACUGAUCUAUUUUCAGCUCCCUUUGUGUACUUUUAUUGAACCUCAAGAUGACAUGGAUUUCCAAGAUGCAUCUACUGAAGAGGAAGAGGAGGAAGAUGGGCAAGUGGAAGAGGCAGAAUUUGACACUGGAGACAAUGCCCAUAGCUCUGCUGGAGAUAGCUGGACAGCAACAGAUGAUGUUGGCCCAAGCAACGCUGAAAUGACCUAUCAGCUUUUGCAUUUCAUAGAUCUCAUUAACUGUGAUAUCCAGAGAUACUUUGGUAAAAAAAGCAAAGAAGAUGACCCGGAUGCAUGUGACAUUUAUGAAGACAGGUUUUUCUCUGGAAAAUCAGCACGGGAGCAAUACUAUGCAGAUCUGAUCAAAAUGGCACAAUCUGGAGACCCAGAGGAAGAAGAAACCAGUACUGCUAUCACUCUACCACGGGAGGCCAGUUGUCACAUUUUGAAGUCAGUCUGCAACAGGGACAGCAUCCAGAAGCUGGGACCACUGGCAGAACUCUUCGAUUAUGGCCUGCGGAGGUAUGUCAGUCCAGGUGGUCUGGAGAAUAAGAAAGGAGAAAAGAAGUACCACCAGAUCAUUCCAAUGUGCAAAAGGAGUCUACCUCCUUCCUUUUGGACUGAACCCUCUCCCAAUUCUGUGUGUAUGCUCCCCACACCUAGCACUCCAGAUUUUAGUGAUCUCCUCGCAAAUUGGACUUACGAAAGCAGCCACAACCUCCAUGAGGUGAGCAGAAGCUCUUCAGAAGAAGCCAGACUAAAACAAGAAAUGGGCCAUUUUCAUAUGUGCGGUGAGGUGUUGUCAGCAGGACAUCAAAAUUUUUGCUGAUCCUGGUUUGGCACUUUCCUUAUUGGAUCCCAGAGAAUUUGAACCUUUGAAAAGCCAGCUUUUACAUUUAAAUGAUCAGUUUAAAAUAUAAAAUUCCUUUGACAAUUCCACAAAAAAUAAUCAAACACUGGAUCCAGAUUUGGAAGAAGUAAGCAAAAGUUGUUUUAUUUGGAGUCCAAAGCAGCAAUUGGCCUCUUUGGUUGGAAUGAACCCAGCAGCUAUCUCUGUGGUACCAGGCCAAAAGCUCACAUUGGACAUAAGAAAGGUACCCAAGAAAGAGCACAAGGAGGACACCAGCAUCAGUGGGAAAGACAGCUCCACUAAGUUUGGUGCAUGUCUGAAAUAUUAAAAUAAAUAAAACAUUUUCACUCAACGCUUUGGAGCCUUGAUGACAUAAUGGGUAAUGCUACAGUCAAAAGGAUCUCAGCCAGAUGUUUUCUAUGUCAGUUUGUCUCUGGAUAUUCCAGUUUUCUUGCCACAUCCAUAAGGUUGUGCAGGUUUGGGUUAAUGAUUGUGAUUAUGUGUUUGAGUCAUGAAAUGAACUAGUACCCAUUUUCAGUUUGUUAAAGACUUGCAUCUAGUACUGCUGCAUGUGUGUGACCACAAAUUAGAUUAAGCAGACUGGAGAACUUAAUUUCUUUACGAAAAACAAAAAUACAUCCUUGAUCUUCUUGCUGCCUAUCCAUUUGAUUAAGUGGGGUUAAAAGUAGGUGAAUGGAAAGCUACUUGCUGCCCUUUUUAUACCCAAGGGCUCCUGUACAGUAAAACAUCAGAAAACAUUUU